AUGAAGUCGAGUGAAGAUUCUCCUAAAACUCCCGGUGGAAUUAGCAAAACCCUAUUGACACCUUGUAGGCGCUUAGGUUUAUCCAGGAAAUUUAAUAGAAAAGGACCAUCGCCUUUUAUUUCGCCAUUAUCCAGAAGCCAGAAUAGCACGGAAAUUACAAAAGUGUGUAAAAAGAGAAAGAUAUGUUGCACCAGUGAGGAAUCAGCUUUUUCACCUCAAUCCCCUGAAGAAACAGUAUUAGCAGUACCUGAAACGAUUGCAUGUAUUUCUUCACCCACUCACAUUAGUGACACGCCGUCACGAAGUAUCCCCAUUUCUAAGAAAAAUUCAAAAGUAUUUUUAAUGUUGCAAAAUGUAGAUGCAAAUAACAAAGAUGACAUAACAAAAAGUACAGAAAUUGUGCGUAAAUCACCCCAAAACAAUAAUAAAACACUUUCAAAAUUGUCUAGAGUGAAUUCGAAAAAAAAGAUAAAAACUGUUCAACAAUGUGAACAAAGUAAUAUUUUAAAUGAAAUCUCUAAAGUAGAUAGUACUAAAGCCAAUGAACUUAAUGUUAAGGAUCCUAACAACUUAAAUAAGGAAUGUAUUAUUCUUAUACAAAAAAAAAUGUUAAAAUCCCUCAAAACACACCAACAAGGUGACAAUAAUUCACACAUAAACAAAGCAAGUAUGAUAAAUACAUCUGUUUCGCAAACACUAUUUGAUUCAGAUUCUGAUGAUUUGCCCCUUUGUGAUUUAAAUAAAAAACAAGAUAAUGAUUUUGUUAAAACAUUGUCGGUGAAAAAGAAAAGUAGCCCUAAGUCUAUUCCCAAUAUAAAUAAAAUAAAAAAUGUUAAACCAAUGACAGAAACAAAAACUUUGCAAAAAUCAUUUGAUAAUGACGAUGAUGACUUUGAAUUUACUAAGAGAACUAUUUUAGUAAAAAAGACUUAUGAGAAAGUGGUCAAACCAUCCAAAGCAAAAUCUACAGGAUCAAUAACUCAAAAAGACAUUGAUGAAUUAAAACAUAGAAUUGAGAUGAAAAAAAAACUCUUAAUUGCCAAAGCCAUGACUGAGGAUACUGAAGAACUUAGGAAUUUAAUUAAAAAGUGGCAAAAAGGCUGUCAAGAGGCACUGUUUGAACUUUUUGAUCUUAUGAAAAAGAAGUUCCCAGAUAAUCAGAAUAUGGAUUAUUCCGAAAUAUUAAAAACUUUAAAAAUACCUCCAGAACUAGUUGGUUAUGAUAUAGAAAAUGACUCCUUUAUUACUCCAGAUGAUAAUACUAUUAUUUUAUCAAGUAUUAACACUUAA